AUGACUUGGUCACCACGUAAUCGACCAGGUGAAGAUGAUGAUGAUGAUCUGGGUGAUAUUGAUGGAUCAUCCGAGCAAAAUCACUCCGAUCGACCGUGUAGUAGUGCUUCCGAUGGCGAUAUCUCGGUUGUAAUCAAUGAUUCCAGUGAACAAGAUGCAUCCGGUGAUGUACACUCGAAAUCAGUAACACCACCAUCAUGUAAUAUACUAAGAUCAUCAGCAUCAGCGGUAUCAACUCCUAGAAAAACGAAAAUUUGGUCAAUUGCAGAAACAUUAUCGAAUAGUACAGCUGAAGCAAAUAGUAGUAGUACUGGAUAUGGAAGCAGUAAAGAUGAUCGUGAACGAGCAUCAACAUCGGCUGAAAGGAAAUCAUGGAGUGAUGGUCGUGAUUCGAUACCACCAUCAGAUUCAGCUGGUACCGGUCCAUCUAUGGUUAACACCGUCCCACCACCACCACCACCAUUGCUACCUUCAAUUGCUUCUACUAUCACCGCUGUUAAUGGCCAAAUUCCUCAGCAUUUCAUGCAGUUUCAUCCAUGGCAACAACAGCAAUUAGCAAUGGCUAUGGCUGUUCGAAUGCCAUUUCCUAGGCCCGAACUGUUAACAAUGAUGGCUCAAGCAAGUCAAAUUCGGCCACCUAUGCUCUUCAACCCGAUGUUUAUGGGUUCCGUAAUGCCAGGUGUACCGCCACAAACGCUACAUCAUUCAAUACCUGCUGCGCAUUUAUCAGCGCCACCACCCAAUACCUCACAGUCUAACGGUUAG